GCCAAUUACUACAAAAUGACUUCCUGGUAUCCUUUUGUGGCAGAAACAUCUGAAUGCUCUUUUUGUUUCUUUCUUUUCAUUACCCUCCUCUUCCUGGUCCCUCAUCAUCCCCAUUCCUUACCGCUUCCUCUUUAUUCAGUGGUCGGUUCUGUACCCGUGCAAUGUCUUUGCCGAGGUUUAGAGCUUGAUUGUGACGAGACCAAUUUACGAGCCGUUCCAUCAGUUUCUUCGAAUGUGACUUUAAUGUCACUCAAGUGGAACUUAAUAAGAAAACUUCCUCCUGAUGGCUUUAAGAAGUACCAUGAUCUUCAGAAGCUGUGCCUGCAAAACAAUAAGAUUAGAUCCGUAUCUGUCUAUGCUUUCCGAGGACUCCACAGUCUUACUAAACUGUAUCUCAGUCAUAACAGAAUAACCUUCUUGAAGCCGGGUGUUUUUGAAGAUCUCCACAGACUAGAGUGGCUGAUAAUUGAAGAGAAUCAUCUCAGUCGAAUUUCCCCACUAACAUUUUAUGGACUAAAUUCUCUUAUUCUCCUAGCACUGAUGAAUAACAUCCUUACCCGCUUGCCUGACAAACCUCUUUGUCAGCACAUGCCCAGGCUGCACUGGCUGGACUUUGAAGGCAACCACAUCCAUAAUUUAAGGAAUUUGACUUUUAUUUCCUGCAGUAAUUUAACUGUUUUGGUAAUGAGGAAAAACAAAAUUAAUCACCUCAGUGAAAACGCGUUUGCACCGCUCCAGAAACUAGAUGAAUUGGAUUUAGGAAGUAAUAAGAUUGAAAAUCUUUCAUCACUUGUCUUUAAGGAUCUGAAGGAGCUCUCACAGUUGAAUCUCUCCUAUAACCCAAUCCAGAAAAUUCAAGCAAACCAAUUUGAUUACCUUGUCAAACUCAAGUCUCUCAGCCUAGAAGGAAUUGAAAUUUCAAAUAUCCAACAAAGGAUGUUUAGACCUCUCACGAAUCUCUCUCACAUCUAUUUUAAGAAGUUCCAGUACUGUGGCUAUGCACCCCAUGUUCGCAGCUGUAAACCAAACACUGAUGGAAUCUCAUCUUUAGAGGAUCUCCUGGCGAGCAUUAUUCAGAGAGUAUUCGUCUGGGUUGUGUCUGCAGUUACAUGCUUUGGAAACAUCUUUGUCAUCUGUAUGCGACCUUAUAUCAGAUCUGAGAACAAGCUGCAUGCCAUGUCGAUCAUUUCCCUCUGCUGUGCCGACUGCCUGAUGGGAAUCUAUUUGUUUGUGAUCGGAGCCUUUGACCUGAAGUUUCGAGGAGAAUACAACAAGCACGCGCAGCUGUGGAUGGAGAGCAUUCACUGCCAGCUUCUGGGGUCCCUGGCCAUUCUGUCCACAGAAGUAUCAGUGUUACUUUUAACAUUCCUGACAGUGGAAAAAUAUAUCUGCAUUGUAUAUCCUUUCAGAUGUUUAAGACCUGGAAAAGGCAGAACCAUUACAGUUUUGAUUCUCAUUUGGAUUAUCGGUUUUAUCGUGGCUUUCAUUCCACUGAGCAAUAAAGAAUUUUUCAAAAACUACUACGGCACCAAUGGGGUAUGCUUCCCUCUUCAUUCAGAAGAUACAGAAAGUACUGGAGCCCAGAUUUAUUCAGUGGCAAUUUUUCUCGGUAUUAACUUAGCAGCAUUUAUCAUCAUCGUUUUCUCAUAUGGAAGCAUGUUUUACAGCAUCCAUCGAAGUGCCAUAACAGCAACCGAAGUACGGAAUCAAGUUAGGAAAGAGAUGAUCCUUGCCAAACGUUUUUUCUUUAUUGUUUUUACCGAUGCAUUAUGCUGGAUACCCAUCUUUAUACUGAAAUUCCUGUCAUUGCUUCAGGUAGAAAUACCAGGUACCAUAACGUCUUGGGUAGUGAUUUUUAUUCUGCCUAUCAACAGUGCUUUGAACCCAAUUCUCUAUACUCUGACCACAAGACCGUUCAAAGAAAUGAUCCAUCAGUUUUGGUAUAACUACAGACAGAGAAGAUCUCUUGACAGCAAAGGAAGUCAGAAGACAUACGCUCCAUCGUUCAUCUGGGUAGAAAUGUGGCCCUUGCAGGAGGUGCCCUCUGAGCUAAUGCAGCCAGCUCUUUUCACAGACCCCUGCGAAUUAUCACUCAUUUCUCAAUCAACUAGACUCAAUUCCUAUUCAUAA